AUGGCGUCUCCAUUGAUCGAUUCGUCUAUACAUGCGAUUCAACUCAAUCGAAUGGCUCAAGCGAAAUGGAGAGUCGACGACUACCUGACACGAAAACGGGAACUCCUUGCUGAUCUAGCUGAUUUUAAAGAAAAUGAAAGAUUUAUCGAAGAGACUGCUAAAACGAUAGACGAGCUCAAUCGUGAGAAAGAAGAACAUUCGGAGAUCAUACAACAAAUAAAUCAGGACAAAUGCGACUUAGAGAAGCAAAUGGAUGACGCAAGAUUCGAACAACGUGAACGGGAGACACAAUUAGCAAGAAAAUACGAAACCCUAUUGAAAUUAAUGGAAUCGUCAAAUGAGAAAAUUCGAGAAAGUGGCCUGGGCGAAGAGGCAACAAUUCAUCCGGAUGAUAUACCACAUGCACGAAUUCCUAAGCUACCCACACCACCUACACCAUUAUCAGCUCCUCAAUGGAAAGGUCUUACCGGUCUCAUCCCACCAAUGAUGUCCUUAGAUCAGAUGAUGAUGGCCACACAAUUUCGACCACCGCCGGCAGUGCCGGCACAUUUGAAAGCUUCCGAUCACCAGAGUCCUCCUAUGAAGACCUGCCAAUCCUGCUUUCAACAAAUUCAUCGCAAUGCUCCGAUAUGUCCAAUGUGCAAGAAACCCAAUUCUUCGUGUGAUUCGAUGUGCGGAUGUCCUCAACGAGGACAUCGUUCGUCCUCAUUCGAGAGAGGUUCGGAUCCGGAGGCACGCGCAUGUGUCGAAUCUCUUUCUGACUCCCAUCGACAUUUGGUGCAGGGUGUACUUCUCGAAACUUCUCAUCGUUUUAUUGCCUAUACGUGUAUAAUUUCACUAAUGGAUCUCGAGAAUUUGGCCAGUGAACUUACUGGGCUGCUAGUUGCAGGCGAUCGGCUUCGUAGCCUUAAAGCGUGCUACAACGACGUAUGUGCGGAAGAGUUCAUGCUCAGUGAGGUAAAGGAUCAUUUAGCGAAUUGUCGAAAAACCGAAGAAGACCUCGAGAAUGAACGAAAAAGUCAUGCGGAAGAGCUGAGACAAAUCAAUCAGGACAUCAAUCAACUUGAGGAUAUCCUUAAAUCACUGCGAUCUGAACGUGAAACGAAAAAAGCACGUUUAACUCGGCGUAUGAAUGAACUUCGAAUUGCUAUGGAUCAAGCCAAUGAGAGUAUUCGGGCUGCUGAAAUUAUUAAUAUAACAUUUGAAGAUAGUGACGGUAUACCGAAAGAGUUACUCGAUAGCCUCUUCAACUCAUCACCAAGUAAAGCACCUAUAGCGUCAUUGUCUUUUCUCGGCGGCCAUUUUCCAUUUUUGUCCUCAUUGACGAUGACGUCAGUUUGUAAGACACCACAACAGGAUAUGAGUAAAAUGAAGACAUGCGAAGCGUGUGGUGCGCAAAUUCAUCGAAACGCUCCAACGUGCCCGAUGUGCAAGACGCGAAGCCGUAGUAAAAAUCCGAAACGAGCACGAAAAAGAGACGAUUGA